UGUCAGAAUUUGCCAGCAGAAAAGAAAGCCAUUGUCCCCUAAACAGGAUACAGAAGAAUGGUUGAGAUAAAAGUUAUCCUCCGGAUAAAUAGGUCGUGACAGAGAAUCAAAGGUGUAAUGACUUGUGAAUCUCAAAUUGAUUAAAACUUUACCAGAAAUAGCUUUAAGUCCAUACGAUCUCCUAUAUGUAUCUGUUCACAGCCCUCUCCUUCAUUUGCUCAGCCUCCGAUUAUAAAAUAAGACUUUUGGCCUCUUCAAAGCAGCUUUGUGUAAAGGAGUUCCCUUUUUCUUUCUUUCUUUUUUGGCUCCACAGCUCUCCCCAUUGUAAUUUUUUUCUUUCCAAACUAAUCUUUUCAAUCAAAAACUAUGGGAGGCUGUGCGAGCAAACCUAAGGAAUCUGAUAUCGUCGAAGGCUCUGUCCCGACCGAAAAUGCUGUUGUUGAGUCCAAGAAUGCCGCGAUUGAGACAGACUCCACAUUAACUCAGGAGAAGAAGGAAGAGUCCAGUGAAGCGACAAAGAAGGACGGUGAAACAAAAGAAGACUCCUCUGAGGCAACCAAGGCUGAGCCAACUCCAGAAUCUGUGAAGGCAGAAGAGAAAGCAUCUUCGGAGACUGAGCCACCAGCACAAGAGACGACCACACCUGCUUCCAAAAGCGAUGAGGCCCCUCUCGUGAUACUUUGAUAUUUUCAUUUCCGAAUUUCAAAAUCAUGUGUAUAUAUGUGCAAGUGCAAGUGUUUCUCACUUUGUAAUUCGUAUGUUCAUCUCUGACUCUCUGUUCUAUUGUCUACAUUUUUGUUGUGUCUGCCGCUAGUAAAAUCUGCUUAUGAAAAAUUACAAUUCUUUUUUUAUAUA